GGACCCUUUUGCGAUCCACCGGCAGCACAUGAACCGCAUGCUUUCUGGAAGCUUUGGGUUCGGCCCGCUCCUCGGCAUCACUGAUGGGACCACACCUGGGGCUCGCCAGGCUGGGCGCAGGAUGCAGGCAGGAGCUGUGUCACCCUUUGGGAUGCUCGGCAUGGCAGGUGGCUUUAUAGAUAUGUUUGGAAUGAUGAACGACAUGAUUGGAAACAUGGAGCAUAUGACAAGUGGUGCUAACUGCCAGACAUUUACCUCCUCAACUGUCAUCUCCUAUUCCAACCUGGGUGAUGGGCCCAAAGUCUAUCAAGAGACCUCAGAGAUGCGUUCAGCACCUGGCGGGAUCCGUGAGACCAGACGGACCGUGAGGGACUCAGACAGUGGCUUGGAACAAAUGUCGAUUGGCCACCACAUCAGGGAGCGAGCCCACAUCAUGCAGCGGUCCCGGAACCAUCGUACAGGCGACCAGGAGGAGAGGCAGGACUACAUCAACAUGGAUGAAAGUGAUGCCGCUGCGUUUGAUGAUGAGUGGAGGCGAGAGACGUCCCGUUUCCGGCCGCAGCGGGGGCUGGAGUACCGGCGUCAUGAAGGCAGCAGUGGCCGCCGGGCCGAAGGGACUCGUCUUGCGAUCCAGGGCCCUGAGGAUUCUCCCUCCAGACAGUCCCGUCGGUAUGACUGGUGAACCCAGAGCAGACUUUGUGGGGGGGUGCGGCGUGGCCACCCCCAGAUCUACCUACACGCUCUUGUACAGACAGUGAAACUCUGAAGCCCCUUCAAAGCACCACUUGGAUCCUCCUCAAAUUUAGUAUUAACCUCCCUCCCACUUAAGAAUUGAAACAAAGCAACUAA